AUGAGUCUACAACUACUGGAGAAUGAAUGUAUCAUUUGUUUUGAAUCAAUCAAACCUACUGACCUUGUUGGUAAGAUUCCAUGUUGCCCCACAAAGAUAUACCAUAAAGAUUGCAUCACUAUAUGGUCAUCGAAAUCUAAUAGUUGUCCUACGUGCAGAAACAACUUUUAUCAAGUACAAAUCACCAGCGCCAGAGAUCUAAUUAAGAUUUUAGAAGUGUUAAAAGUCCAGGACAAGUUGUUGCCCAAUGCAGCUAUAGAUCGCAUCCCCUCUCAAUACAUUAUUCCACAAAGUAAUGUAGAUCAACAAUACCAUACUCAAAUCAGCUCGUUAUCGUUAUCGACAACUACUUUUUGUUGUAUAUGUACUGUAAGCAACCGACGCUAUAACAAUCAAACUAUACUGUGUUUCCAAUGUGGAUCAUCGUUCCAUCUAAAUUGUCUAGGGGUGCAGCAAGAAAUUGAUGACUACACUUUACUGUGGUUUUGUCCAAUGUGCGAUUACAGUCAAGAAACACUUUUACCAAGAAGUAACAGGGGGAUCAGAUAUGGUUAUGAUAGCAAUAGCGGCCAUGGAAAUAGCAUGGUCGGUUCGAGGUCAAGGUCUGUUAUCGCUGAUUUGAUAAGACCUAGAGCACUGCAGAGGUCCAACCCAGGUUUGGUGAUUUUUAAUGAGAAUAAUGAACUAGAUGAUGCAUUUUUGUAUGAGGAAGAAGAAAAUGGUGAAGAUGAUUCUAUGGUAGACUAUGACAACAAUGGUGAUGGAACAUUAGUUGUUAAUAACAACAACGUGAAUAGCGAUCUUCAUGCAGAAAUACCCAACUCAAGGUUACUACAAACUCUGCUGCGACUUCAUUCACAACUGUUGUUACCACUGCGUAAUUUUAGUCAUUCGAGUCAUUCAAGUCAUCAGCACCGUCAGCACCAUCAACCGUCGAGAACCAUGAAUGGUGGAAAACUUCUUCGGAGAGAACAAAAACAGGAGGAACUGCUAACGCCAGAAGAAGCAGAUUCUUGGAAGACAUUCCAAAAGGCCAGGGAACUGACCUUAAUUGAAGCAAGUUUAGGGAUGGAACCACAAGCAAUAAGUUCAAACCCAGGCACUUCUUCCUCAUCUUUCGCCUCUAACUCUUUUCUUGUUUCACGUACCCCAUUACAGUCCAAUGUUACAACAAGAAAAAAAAGGAGAAAGCAACUUUCCAGUAAAUCUGAUGCAGGCAUCAGUACACAUCACGUUAAACCUUUGGCAAAUCAGCCAAGUAGAAUAACAAAUUUGAUAAAUGAACUCAAGACAGGAAAGAAAUCAGAAACAAAAAAUACAACCUACAACAAUAAGCAUGAUCGUCAUCUCUAUUACCAACAUCAAAGCUACCACCCUUCUAUGGUAUCUAAUUCAGGCUCUACGUCAUUCGACUCACCCAGUUACUCAGAGUCAAACUCUAAUCUAUCAUCGCUGGUGAACAGCCCGAGUCCAUUAGAAGCAUCAAGUUACUCUUCCAGUGACGACAACGAAUAUACACCCCAACAUAAAAGAGAGUUGACGUAUGACCAGAAAUCUAUCAUUCAAAAGUAUUUGCGCCACAAGUUGAAAGAUCGAUACAAACCAGAAACAGCUAUUAAACGAAAUUACGGCAAUGAUCAUCACAGCAGAAAGAAUUAUAACGAUGAUAAUGAUGAUGAUAAUUACAAUCAUAAUCUUAAUAAUAGUAGUAAUAUAAGUGGUAAUGGUGACAGUGGUGGACAUAUUAGCAAUUGUGAUUACAUUACCAACGAAGAGCAAUUUAUAAAGAUUAACAAAACCAUUUCACGGAAAAUCUAUACCCAUAUCGUGAACUCUACCUCAUUGGAUGACAUUGAAGAGUAUUUCAAAGAUGCGGACAAAUUGAAAAAUUUGAUUGAUCUGUAUAUAGUGUACUAA